AUGGCGUCGCUGGACGACGCGCCGGAGCCGCUGGAGGCCGGCGUCCAGCGGAGCUCGUCGCUGGAGCUCGAGGAGGAGGACAAGGAGGAGCUGCUCGACGAGGAGCUCUGGCGGGCGCGCAAGGCGGAGUACGAGGCGCAGAUCGUGGGCCUCGAGGAGGAGCAGGCGACGCUGCGCGACGCGUGGUCCGACAUCGUCCGCGACAACCUGUCGACGGUCGACGACCUGAAGCGGACGCUCGCCGGCCGCGCGAAGCUCCGCGACGAGGCCCGGGCGACGCGCGACGCGCUCGUCGCCAAGCUCGAGACGCAGCAGAACCACCUCGUCGCGGAGCUGGCCGCCGCGAAGCUGCGCGUCGCGGAGCUGUCCGACGCGCGCGACCGCGCGCACCACGACCUCGGCGCCCUCGCCAAGUCGCCGACGAAGCGGUCCGCGUCGCGCGCGAAACCGCCUACGGCAACAUCGCUUCAACGUAGAGCAUCCGAGGAG